GGGAUAAGGUAAAGGACUAAGAAGGUAAAGAGAGAGAGAGAGAGAGGGACCCUGUCCCCUUUUGUGUGCGUGUGUUGUGUCAACUGAACUCUCAACUCAACUAAUUAACAUCUUCAAAACUAUACUCUCACACCCUCCUCAUAUUUCUCCUCUGACACAGGUUUGGCUCAACUGAAGUAAGCUUUAGUUUUCUGAGUUACAUCUCUCAUCACAUCACACAAAGAAACAAAACACAAGUGAAGUGUGGAUUUGGAAGAAUGUAUGGGGAUUGCCAAGUUAUGUCAAGUAUGGGAGGGAACACAGAUAACCUCUUCUCCUCCUCGAUCCAGAACUCCAACUUCAACUUCAUCCCCACCAUGCCUUUUCAACCUUUUCCUUCUUUGAAGGAAGAGGACGUGUUACUGCGAGGGAAGGAAGAGAUGGAGAGUGGUUCAGGAAGUGAGCAAGUUGAAGACAAGUCGGGGAACGAGCAAGAGAGUGAACAGCCAUCGAAGAAGAAACGUUAUCACAGGCACACCGCUCGCCAGAUCCAAGAAAUGGAAGCGUUGUUCAAGGAAUGCCCGCACCCAGAUGAUAAGCAGAGGCUGAAACUGAGCCAUGAUUUGGGGCUUAAACCGCGCCAGGUCAAGUUCUGGUUCCAGAACCGUCGAACCCAGAUGAAGGCGCAACAAGACCGGGCAGAUAAUGUGAUACUUAGAGCCGAAAAUGAGACUCUAAAGAGUGAGAACUAUCGGUUACAAGCAGCACUGCGUAAUGUUAUGUGUCCCAAUUGUGGUGGACCAUGCAUAAUGGGAGCUGAUCUGGGCUUGGAUGAACACCAACUUCGCAUUGAAAAUGCUCGGUUAAGAGAAGAGCUAGAACGCAUGUGUUGUCUCACUUCAAGAUACAGUGGGCGUUCAAUCCAAACAAUGGGAGCAGGCCCUACUCUUAUGGCUCCAUCACUGGAUUUGGACAUGAACAUAUACCCAAGGCAUUUUGCGGAUUCUAUUGCUCCAUCCACAGAAAUGAUUCCUGUGCCGAUGUUGCCACCCGAAGCUUCGCCAUUUGCUGAGAGUGGUGUACUAAUGGAAGAAGAGAAGUCUUUGGCAUUGGACCUUGCCGCUUCUUCCAUGGCUGAACUUGUCAAGAUGUGUCAAACAAACGAGCCACUUUGGAUCCGAAGCAGUGAGAGUGAAAGGGAAGUGCUCAAUUUUGAAGAGCACGCGAGGAUGUUUACUUGGCCUCAGAAUCUUAAGCACCGAAGUGAACUGAGGACAGAAGCUACCCGUGAUUCUGCUGUGGUUAUAAUGAAUAGUGUCACUCUUGUUGAUGCUUUCCUUGAUGCUCAAAAAUGGAUGGAAUUGUUUCCUACAAUCGUUUCCAGAGCAAAAACUGUCCAAAUCAUAUCUUCUGGUGCUUCUGGUCAUGCAAGCGGGACUCUUCAGCUGAUGUACGCAGAAUUCCAAGUUCUUUCUCCUUUGGUGUCCACUCGUGAGACUCAUUUUCUUCGGUAUUGUCAACAAAAUGCUGAGGAGGGAACCUGGGCCAUUGUUGAUUUUCCUGUUGAUAGCUUUCAACAAAAUUUCCACCCUUCUUACCCCAGAUACUGCAUCAGGUCCUCUGGCUGUGUGAUUCAAGAUAUGCCAAAUGGGUAUUCAAGGGUAACAUGGGUCGAGCAUGCAAAAGUAGAAGAAAAACCUGUGCAUCAGAUAUUUUGCAACUAUGUGUACACUGGAAUGGCAUUCGGAGCACAACGUUGGUUAGGUGUUUUGCAAAGACAAUGCGAGAGGGUCGCUAGCCUCAUGGCCAGAAACAUAUCAGAUCUUGGAGUGAUACCUUCACCAGAAGCGCGAAAGAACAUGAUGAAACUGGCCCAAAGAAUGAUAAAAACAUUUGGCCUUAACAUGAGCACCUCUGGUGGUCAAUCAUGGACGGCCAUAUCAGAUUCUCCUGAAGACACUGUUAGAAUCACAACUAGGAAAGUCACAGAGCCUGGCCAACCUAAUGGCGUGAUUCUAAGUGCCGUUUCAACCACUUGGUUGCCGUAUUCUCACACCAGGGUCUUUGAUCUCCUUAGGGACGAACGUCACAGAUCUCAGAUGGAUGCUCUUUCCAACGGGAACUCGUUGAAUGAAGUGGCUCAUAUUGCAAAUGGCUCACAUCCAGGAAACUGCAUUUCCCUUCUUCGCAUAAAUGUAGCAAGCAACUCAUCCCAGAACGUGGAGCUAAUGCUGCAAGAGAGUUGCACCGAUCAAUCUGGAAGCUUAGUAGUGUACACCACCAUUGAUGUGGAUUCCAUCCAGCUAGCCAUGAGUGGCGAGGACCCCUCUUGCAUUGCCCUUCUUCCCCAAGGCUUCAUGAUAGUGCCAAUGAUAUCAUCACCCAACGUUGACACAUCCACUGAUGCCAAUUCAUCUGAGGCUCCUCCAUCUGUCAAUUCAGGUUGCCUCCUCACCAUGGGGCUGCAAGUUCUCGCCAGCACAAUUCCUUCAGCCAAGCUCAACCUCUCAAGUGUGACAGCCAUCAACAACCACCUCUGCAACACCUUGCACCAGAUUGAAGCUGCUCUUUCUAGCUCCCAUGAGAAUAGCACUUUCCUUUGCAAUGAACCCGCCACUGGUGCACCUCUCAAACAGUGAUAAGUCACUCAGAUGAAUCCUUUUGUGUACCCUUUUGGAUUUAUGGGUUUGUAGUUGUAGUUUUAGUUUGGAUCUAUUGAAGAGUAGCAAUAAGAACUAUGAUCAGGUCUUAUUUGGAUAAGUUUUUUUUUUCGUAAACACUUACAGAAAAAAAAAAGUAAUUAAGAAGAAAAAAUGAAAUGAAUUUCUCUGAGUAGCUAAAGUUAAAAUUAGCUGGGAGAAGUUUAUUUUAUUUUCUUUUUCUUUUGUUUAUGGGAAAAUUUAUCCAAAUGAGACUUAUAUGAGAAGAGAAGAAUGGGGUAGUAGACAAGAUGGGGGAAGCAAUGAGGGUAAGAAUGUUUAGAAUAAAUUAAGAUGGAUUUGAGUAAAAAUUAUUAGGUAGGGAAGUGUGUUAGAAAAUUAAGAUAUGUGUGGUAAGAAUUUAGAAACAAUGUGGAAUGACAUUAGUUUAUGUGUGAGAGGAGUAGAGGGACUGAGGGAGUCAAGAGCGCACCAAAUAGUACCCUCGACUUUCUAAGGUCAUUUUUUGUGAUGGCCUUAUUAGCGAGAGUGCUGUGGUUCGGGAAUUGACUCUUGUUUCUAUGUCAGCCUCUACUAUAUAUGUUAAUUUCAAUGCUUAUUAUGAUUUAACUUAACUUAAUUCACUGGUUUAUGUUUUGUCUCA